AUGGGCCUUUUUGCCGACCUAAUGGCGAUUCUCGCCAAAGAAUCGCUCAAACUAUCGCUAGUCGCCCCAUUGGCUACGCUUUGCACCUACUUCUUCUUCAACGUCUUCCUCCACCCACUCCGCAAAGUUCCGGGUCCUUGGAAAGCGACAAUAUCACCAUUGUGGCUGUGGUACCACUCAUAUGCAGGGGAUGAAACCACCUCGGUCGAAGCUCUGCACAAAGUUUACGGCCCAGUCGUCCGGAUUGGCCCCAACGACGUUGAUAUUAGCGACGGCACGGCUCUCGCACCCAUUUACUCCGAGAAGGGCGGGUUUCUGAAGACACCAUGCUACAGUAAUUUUGACUUUGACGGUCACCCGACGAUAUUUUCGGCUCUAGAUCCUGCACACAGGGCUGUCAGAUCAAAGGCUGUAGUCAGCAUGUUCAGUCCAGCCUCCAUACGAAAGGAAGGCGAUCAGAUACUGAGAUCCUGUGUUGAUAGGCUGAUGGUACACAUCAGACAGGAAGCAGCAUCGGGAAAGCCCGUCAAUAUGCUGAAUAUGGGUAGAUGCCUAGCCCUUGAUGCAGUGACGGAGUAUCUCCUCGGCAAGACGUACGGAGGAAUUACUGAGCUUGAAGCCAGCAGGAGCGCCAACGACUCCAGCAAGCUGUCGGCCAGCGAGUUCGUGGACACUUUUGUAGCAGUCGGGCGAUUCUUCUUGCUUCCCAACUGGAUCUUUCACGUCUUCGAGUGGGCUCUCCCAAAGCUGUUCCCAAAUCAGAAAGUUGACGAGUCAAUGGAUCUCGUCACAAGUUUCUGUAAUCAGGUGGUUGCCGAGGCCGAUCUUGAGAAGGACCAAACAUACCAGGCUCGGUUACUGCGAGCGGGCAUCAGCAAAGCAGAAGCUGCUAUUCAGUGCAUGGAUCUGAUGUUUGCCGGCACAGACAGCACUGGUAUGAACUUUGGUGCCAUCUGUUGGCAUUUAGCACAAUCACCCUCGACAUAUCAAAAGCUCAAAGAUGAGCUUGCAUCACCAGAGGCAGCGCAAGCUGAUCCGCAGACACUUCCCUACCUGCGUGGCGUGGUGCGUGAGGGACUCCGAAUGUCCAUGGCAAAUCCUACACGUCUCCCGCGUGUUGUACCGCCCACCGGAUUUUCAUUUGCAACCAAGAUGCCAACCGGAGAGACCAAAAAUUUUGAGUUCCCGGGCGGAACUUGGAUUGGAUGUGCACCUUUCAGCUUGCAUUUCAACGACGCUGUCUUCCCAAACCCGCAAGGAUUCCAACCGGAGCGAUGGCUGGACCCUAGCGAGGAAAUGUUACGUGACGCUAUUCCCUUUGGACUUGGGCCACGGCAGUGUAUUGCUCGUAACCUUGCUUCGAGUGAGCUGUUUUGGGCGGUCAGGGCCCUGGGUACUUCUGGAGUCCUGGAUGGUGCCAAGCCGACGGGGUUAAUGAAGGAUAGGAUCCUUGUUGAUGAGUGGUUCAACUCCAAAGUUCCCGGGCAUGCCAUUGAGCUAAUUUGGGAAUCACCGUCUUGA